CGGGUCAGGCCAGGCCAGGCCGCGCCGGCGGGGCCUGCACAACGGGACCGCUACCGGAACCGAUACCGGGGCCGUCGUCGCUGCCGCGCUCCCCUUCGCUCUUCCUCUCGGGUUGGGGUUGAAAGUGCCGGGUUAAAGAGCGGCGAAACGAGCGGCGGGGAGAACGUCGGGGUUGCUCAAUCGCCCCCGCCGCCCUCCAGGCAUCCCGGAGCGGUGGGGCGGCCCUCGGGGAUGUCCUACAAGCCCAUCGCUCCCGCCCCCGUUACCCCCGGAGCUGCUAGUGCCAGCCCUGCCCCACCGGGGCCCGGGGCACCGUCCGCCGCCACGAGCGUCCCAUCGCCCUCCGGUUCCGUCCCCGGCGCCGCCGCCCCGUUCCGGCCCCUGUUCAAUGACUUCGGGCCGCCGUCCAUGGGCUACGUGCAGGCGAUGAAGCCCCCCGGGGCUCAGGGCUCGCAGAGCACCUACACCGACCUCCUGUCCGUCAUCGAGGAGAUGGGGAAGGAGAUCCGGCCCACGUACGCCGGCAGCAAGAGUGCCAUGGAACGGCUGAAACGGGGAAUCAUCCACGCCCGGGCGCUGGUCAGGGAGUGCCUGGCAGAGACAGAGAGAAACGCCCGCACGUAACGGCUGCUGCCACCCGGGACCCUCGCCCACGCACCCCGGGACCCCUGCCCACGCACCCCCACGCCCCAUCCCGUGUCCCUGCCCUGCUGGCAGCGGGGUGGGGGUGGGGGGAGCUGCCGUGCUGCCCACCCCCUCCCCA